AAUAAGUACGGUCCAAACAACCUGUUUUCCACCUUUACACCGAUCGAGUGAUCGGACUUCCUUCGUAAAUUUAUGGUCUUUUGCAUAACUCUAUUCCAUAGACUUUUGCUUAGAAUUCCUAGCAUUGGUAGAAACUGAAAUAUAUAUGUAAAAUUCAUCAAUCCCUAAAACCCAAAAACCCCAAGAUGCAAUCUCAAGAAGACAUUCAAAAUCUUCCAAUUGACAUCUCAUUCUCUCGCCUCGGAGAAUGGCUUGUGGAUCGGAAGAGAAUUCCUGGGGAUUGGAGAAAACGAUUGAGUGCAAUCAGAGCUAAGAUUUCAUCCGCCUUUGCGUCGCUUCCUAAAGAUAUUGAUCCUUACUUCCAUACUCUCGAUUCUGAAGGAAUUGAUUAUUUGGAAGCAAAAAAAAUAUAUGAAAUUCUGUUGCGGACCAAUCCAGAAAGUCGGAACAUAUUUGGUCGGCUUUCAGGCGCUGCUGGUGUAUGGGAAGCAAUUGUCCAGGCAUAUGAGAAGGAUCAUGUAUUCCUUGGUGAGGCUGCUCAAACUAUGGCCCAAAAUGCUAAUUAUGAGAUCCCUUACUUAAAAAAGCAGGUUCAGAAGACACAGCAACAGUUUGCAGAGCUUGAUCGCAAGGAAGCUGAUAUCAAAAGAAGUGCAGCUUCAUCAGCAGCGAAGUAUGCUGAAGCUUGUCAAGAACUAGGAUUGCAGGGGAAUAAUGUUAGAUUGGAACUCUUAGGGAGUGCUACAAAAUCUCUUCCAAGUAUCUUCAGUAAUAUUAUGGAAGUCGUUAGUGGUGAUUCUGUUGCACAAGCUAUUGAAUACUACUCCAGUAUUGUUACAGAGCUUCAUACCAAUAAGGAUUGUACAUCUGGCAUUGUGGUUCAAAAUUUAAGGAAUAUCAUUGAAAACCCACCUACACUUAGUGUCUCUGUGGGAUCUGAUUUGGUCGAAUCCACAAAUGCUGUGUCCAACCUUAAUGAACAUUCUGAUACUUGUGGAACCAUGAGCACUGGGGCAGAUGGCAUUGAUUGGGAUAUUACAUUAGAUAGCUCUCAGAUUGACUGGGAUAUUGGCACUGUUGAAGAGACCGAUGAUGCUGCUAAUGGGUUGGGUCCUUAUGAAAUUAUAAAUGCUGAAGAGUUUUUGCAAGAUUCUUCAGCAAUUGAGUCUGAAAAGUUUGGCCAGGCUGCUCCAAGUGGUGGAGGAUCCAUUGAUGUUGAGGUUUCGGAAAUAUCUUGGGAUUAUAGUGUUGACAAUUCUCAAUUGGAAGCAAUGGAAGAUUCUGAUACACAUAUUGCAAAGGAAGCUCAAACACCUGCUCUGAAUACUUUAGCUGACGCUCAAGUCUCAGGUGAUAGAAGUCCACUUUUGGAGACGGAAUACAGGAAUAAAAUUCUUGAUGAUCUCUUUGAGAUCAAGGCAUUUUUAAACCAGCGGCUGAUGGAGUUGAAAAAUGAAGAGACUUUGUCCUUGCAACAUCAAGUUCAGGCAGUUGCUCCAUUUGUCUUGCAACAGUAUUCUACUGAUAACAUUCAGAAAAUGCUUUCUGACAUUUCAAUGGCCAUAUCUUUACUAACGAAGAAAAAAACAAGAGACUUGAUCAUGAUAUUAAAUUCAAGAAGAUUCUUAGACAGACUAGUGCAAAACUUGGAAGAAAAAAAGCAUCAUGAAGUAAAGCUGAAAGACGGUUUAAAAGACUUGUCUGCGAAACGUAUGGAGUUGCAGAACUCAAUGGCUUCAUCUUGGCCUAAGCAGGAAGUAGCAAUCAACAAAACAAGAGAGCUGAAGAAACUAUGUGAAACCACUCUGUCAUCCAUGUUCAACGGAAGACCUGUCAAGAUAAUUGGAGAAAUUAAUACCUUAUUAAAUAGUGGUGUAUCUGUGUGAUCUUUUUAGCUGUUCUCCCAAGCUUUUCUACCAGUGUUAGCAUGUACUAAUAAUAGGAACCAGCAACCAGGCUAACUUGGCAUUCUUACACUUGUGUUUUCAAUAAGGACGUCGAAUAUAGUUUAGAAAGUUUCUGUUGUAUAACUCUGUUUUGUGGUAUAUAUUCUUAACAAAUUAAGCUUCAAAUAAGAAUCAAUUUCUCAAUUUCCCAUCUGGUUUAA